CGUAUCCGUCCGAUCUCGCAGCUACACCCAGAGUUGAAUGCUCUCAACUACAGCAUGAAGAGGCUGGUUUCCACUGGAAAACUACAGACUUGGCUCUUUCAACCAAAGUCCCCCCGAUUGAACCAUUUGUUUGUCAAGACGCUCUCCGCACCUCUGCUCUCAAGGAACAACCACCACAAAGCUCAUUCAACCCCGACAGCAAAGACCACGGGAAAUAGAGCAAUCAUGGCUCCUUCCGGUCCCUUUUCAGUUACCGUUCAUCCUUUCGAGUCCAAGACUCGAGCCUCUUGCGCAUACGAGAUUGGACUUGCCUCAGCUAAGAAUGCUGUCAUCUUCAUCGGUGGUCUCACAGAUGGUCCUCAUACUAUCCCCUACACCCGGCUCCUAGCUCAGCGACUGGAGGAGGCCAAGGAACUUGGUUACUCUGUUUUCGAGAUCCGCAUGCGCAGCUCCUUUAUCGGAUUUGGUAUCUCAAGCCUUUCCAACGAUGUGGAGGACAUCUCCUCUUUGGUCAAGUAUCUUCGAAGCAUCGGCAAGGAGAAGAUCGUCCUGUUUGGUUCUUCCACUGGUUGCCAGGACUGCAUCGAGUACACCAACUAUGCCAAGCACAACAAUGAGCGUGUCGACGGCUUCAUCAUGCAAGGCCCCAUCUCGGAUCGCGAGACACUGGAUCUCAUCAUGCCUGACCCUCAGCCAAGCCUCGACCUUGCGGCCAAGAUGAUUGCCGAGGGAAAGGAGGGCGACUGUAUGCCUUUUGAUAUGAUUCCCGCCGUCUUGGGGGCACCCAUCUCGGCCUAUAGAUUCCAGUCUCUUGCUGCCCCAGGAGGUGAUGACGAUUACUUCUCUUCCGAUCUUGACGAAGAGAGAGUCGCGGCGAACUGGGCGCGAUUCGAGAAGCCAGUUCUUGUUCUUCACUCUGGAAAUGACGAGUAUGUGCCUGAGCGCGUUGACCAGGCAGCUCGCAACAAGAAGUACCAGCAACUGAACCCAGUAGUGAGCCCCUUGUCGGGGCUUAUUCCUGGCGCAAGUCACACUGUUGACCAGCCUGAGGCUCAGGAAUGGCUUACCAAGCGGGUGAUUGAGUUCCUGGGAACUCUUGCAAAGUAA